AUGAAUUCUUCAUUCACCCCACGCGAGCUGCCUGAACGGCAGAAGAAACUCCAGCCGAUCCUUGGUAUCCCUGUACCAUAUCUCUUUGCCGCAACAUCAGUUCUUUCCGUCGCCUUGUUCAACUGGCCACUCAGAUGGAUUCUCUCAGGUGCUGCAGUCUUGACGUUCACCAUUCUCUCCGGCGCCGCCAAUGGUCAUCGAAUCUUGCCCUUCUUUAAUAUCUGGUCUCUGUUACUCUUGAUCAACCUAUUCUAUGGAGUUGCGGCUACCUCCUGGCUCUUGCAUGGCGCGUUUGUCGCGACAUGCUAUCCCGCAAUCUUCUUGACAUGCAUUUUCCAGUUCGAUCCUGUCGGAAGAUAUGUCAGAAAACGGAUCAGAAAUGUGCUCAAACAACUUCAGUUCAUUGACGAUCAAAUCGCCUUCUUUGACUUACCCGCACUGGAGAUCGAUGUGGACGUCAACGGCCUUAUGAACAUUCGUGGCAUGACUUUCCGCCUAUCUUCACUGAUGAUUAUCGCACAUGGCGUGGAGGUCGGCAUCAAAUUCUCCGAUGACAUGGAAGUCGCCAUCGCAGUGGACGAAGUUCGCAUCUCACUGUUCAGAAGAAUCGAUAUCUCGGAUGUGUAUGCCAAUGUUAAGGGUGGUGAGCUUGAAAUGUCACUUAGACAGUUGGCAGAGAAUGGCAGAGUACCUACUGGCGACUCGUUCAUUGACUCCGAAACCCCUCUCCUGGCCACUGCGGCCAAGACUGGCGAUACACGUAAUCCUAUGGAGGCCAUGAAGGCAAGAAUGACAAACGGCUCUGCUCCCCAGCCUAUACCUACCAGUGUCGGCUUAAAGGGAGUCAAACAGCUCUCACCUGAUGACGACCACGCAAGGGAAACCUACAAGGCUAUCCUAGACUACAUCCAAGAGACUAGCGUUAUCACCGUCAGUCAGGAGGAGGUCCAAGAGACACUGAGACGCAAACAAGUCGAUGGUGAGGUCCUCGAUAACACCAAGGACUAUCGAUCUGCGAUUUGCUCACAGAUGCACGGCAAACCCACUGUCCCUCACUGUAGCACGCGAUCCAUCCGUGUCUCUACUCUGCAGCGAGACAUGCCAAUGCGAAAGUUCCUCCACAGACUUCCCUUGCUUCUCAGAUGUCUUCUGAACCCGAUUGCGUACUUCCAUCCAGUCUACAUCAAGUCUAUCACCGCCGGAGGCUCUGGUGCCAUGAUCGAAACUAUGCUCCACCAACAGAUCUUCCAGGACCACCCAGAGCAGGCUUCAGAUGUUAAGAAUCUCAAGAAGCGCAUUUCUGCCUGGCUAAAGGAUGCCAACUUUGUAUUUGAAGCUGAGAAGAUCACUGGCAUGGCCUCUGUUCCCAUCAACCCAGUCUUCAACAUCCUUUCUGAUCUUCUAUUUGACGACAUUAUGAUCUACAGAACUGUUAAGGAAGAAGUCAACUACAACCAAAUUGUUCGUCUUGGAGGAGCGGAUGCAAGGAUUAGUGUGCCGUCAUUCCUCUUGCCUCAUCACGAACACAUUCUGCCACCAAUCCCAACCUCUGAGGAUAAGGCUGCUCAACAGGAAAAGAUUGACAACGCCGAUAGUCAACCGAAGACUAUUCAAGCCGAACAGGAAAUGGCCCAGCUGCGCAAGGAUGAAACUAACGUCAACAUCUCCGCUCACGUGCGCCUCCCUGCUUGUUUCGACCAGAACUUGCUCGACUUCAUCGCAGCUCUGGUCAAGGCGACUAAGAUUGUGGAGAUGGACAAGGUCGAAAAGUCUCUGGACAAGGAAAUUCACGGCUUCAGAGAGUUCACAAAGGCAGUCAAGACCGAUCUCAACGACAAGAUGAGGAGAGUCGCUGUGGAUGCCGCUGCCAACGAUAAAUGGAUCGCAAAGUUGGUCGGCAAGGUAACCAAGAAACUCGAGACGAUGCAGGGAGAUAUUGGCUACAGUGGUGAUUUGCCCGUGCCUCUUGAUGUCUACCGCAAGAAGGCAGAACCUGCCAGCAAGCUUAUGCCUUGA